UAGACCUUCAGCAGCAUCAUCCUUUUUUUUUAUUAUUUGACAAUUUAUUAAACAAACAAUGCACUCCAUAAUAUGUAAACUGGCUGUGUUUGUCGUUCUCAGUUCUCUAGCUUUCCAAAUUGGAGCUACAUCAACUGAUCGGAAUCGAUCCAUCAAAGCCCCAGCGCACGAAAGCACCAGCAAACACAAGCAAAACGAGAAACCAACAAAAAUUCGAGCUUUCAGUGACGAUGCGAACAGCAGCAUUCAUUCUAAACCAUCUGAUCCAGUGCAGGUCAAAACAAAAAAUGACAGCCAAAAUGACGAAAAAUCUGAACAAAAUUCUAAUCAGCGUCAAAAGAAUGACCAUGCGAAAAACAUGGAAAUGUAUCAGUGCAUCGGACUUCCAGGUCAUCCAGGAGUACCUGGCAUUCAAGGGAUUCAAGGGGUUCCAGGAGUGCAAGGUGUUCAAGGAUUGAAUGGAAACCCUGGAAUAAAUGGGAGACCAGGGCAGAAAGGAGAACAAGGUCGACGCGGGCACAAAGGAGAAAAAGGCGAUUCAGGCCAAAUGCCGCUAAGUGACCAUUCAAUGAUAAGCGAGAACAAACUUCAGCCAAAAGUUGCAUUUUCGGUGACCACUGAAGAACAUAUAGAUAACAGCAGUGAUUACAGAGUAGUUAAGUUUAACAUUGUUCACACAAACGUAGGAGGACACUACGAUGUUGCCACUGGAAAGUUCACUGCACCAGAAAACGGAACAUAUCUGAUCGGUAUGAAUGGGGUCAGUUUCGACGGGCAGCACGUCUUGCUCCAUCUGAAUCAAAACGGCAAGCGCAUGUUUUCAGCUUUCGACAGUUCUGGUUGCAGUUGCUGCGACAAUCGCGAUCCAACCCUGAGACAACGAGAGGGAGAAUUCAGAUGCUCUGGAUCGGCGUCCAACACUGGCAUUCUGCUGUUGGAAAGGGGGGACAAAGUCUGGGUACAAUUGUCGAAGGGAUACGGACUACACAACGUCCCUUACCACAAUUAUGCAUCAUUCUAUGGAUAUUUUUUGUUUAGUGUGUAACGACAGACAUUUAUGAUUUUUUGUGUUAUGUUUGCAAUGCGAUCAGAUAGAAGCUACGCACGUUUAAACGUUAUAUUGAAAACUAGAUUCAUUAUAAAUUUAUAAAAUCAAGUAAUUUAAAAUAUAAGACUCGAUUAUGAUGUGAGGUUUCAUUUUUAUUAAGAAUAUUUUUAAUGAUGCAUGAAUGAAGUCUAACAUUGAAAAUUCUCUUAAUCAAUAUGAAUGAAAAUGUGCAGAUUGAUGAACGGUAUAAUUAUAAUAAUUCAUUUAGAUGUAAUCAAUAAAAAUAAUAUUAUAAAAUAA